GACGGGCAUGCUCCCUACCUAAGAUGGCCGCUUGAGGAGGCACGCGCGGCGAGAACAACACAAGCACCACCACGGCGGGGUCGCGAUUCAAGACGCCAAAGCCGGCACGCUCGAAGCAACGGCGCGCACGAGAUCACGGCAAUGUCUGCCGAGCUGAACCUGACGGGGGGCGCCAACGCUAAGCCGCAGCACCUGCAGAGCGUCGUGGAGGCGGCAGCGAGGCUGGGAUAUUCAACCGUGGCCAUCACAACCGUGGUGGAUUUGAGUGUGAAGGGCCAGGAAAUCAAGCGACCGCAGAUCCCGCAGUUCCUCCUGGAGAAUCCUCCAAAAGUACAGGGCUCAGGAAAACCCUUGAAGAUCCUGACGCGGCUGACAGCUAUCAUCACAGACCCGUCCCAUGGGAACAAAAUGCGCACAGGUCUGGAAUGCUACGACAUCAUUGCCGUGAUGCCCAAGUCGGAGAAAGUGUUUCACAUGGCGUGCAUGGAUCUCGACGUGGACAUCAUCGUCAUCGACGGCACGGAGCGCCAACCGUUUUACUUUCGCCACCCGUCCGUCCGAGGGGCCAUCGCGCGCGGCGUGUUCUUCGAGCUGUCGUACUCGCCCGCCGUUCGCGACGCUGCCGCACGGCGGAGCACCAUCUCCAACGCGCUCAGCCUCACGCUGGUCUGCAAGGGCAAGAAUGUCAUCAUCUCCAGCGGCACCGACAACCCGCUCUAUCUACGAGGACCCUAUGAUGUCGCCAACCUCGCCCUGCUGUUCGGCCUGUCGGAGAGCGAGGGGAAGAACGCCGUCUCCUCCAACUGCCGUGCCGUCAUCAUCCACGCAAAAACGAGGAAGAUGGCCAAGGGCGUCAUCCUGACGGAGAGACUCGGUGACCCCGGCGGAGGGGAGAAGGACGCCAAGUCGACCAUGGAGGCGAAGAGAGGGGCGGACGAGGUGGAAGAGGUAGCGGCGGCGGUGGCAAAAGACGAGGGGGUGGAGGAAGGACCUGCAAAAAAGAAAUCUCGGAAAAAGUGACAAGCUUGGAGCAAUUUCGCCACGUCAAUCGCGUGACGCGAGAAGAGACGACCCAAACAAAGUGUUCUGUUUAUGACUAAACAAUGACCGAUGAUACAGUGGAACAUUUUUUUAAUUUAAUAAAUUCUUUUGUACUUCU